UUUUGCAUCUCUGAUUCCUCUUCUCUUCUCUUACUUGUGCGUUAUCUGUUAUACGUUCCACGUUAUCAGCAUCCGGAGAUCAUCCUGUUUCAGUUCGAUCCAACCCGAAAACAAGAUGGUUCGCGCAUGGAUAAUGGACAACGAGAAGACCGAUCAGCGUUUGGAACAUCACCUGAAUCCGCCAAAGUUUCUAACGCUGGAAGAUUUGUUCACAUUCACCGGCGUUGAGUAUUUCAAGAUCAACAUUCCUACCUACAAUACGGACGGAGUGCUGGAGGCGAUCCGAACGGAUCGAGGGUACAAUUACGAGGAUGAAAUGACCUGCUCGGAAGCCUGCUUGCCGGAUUAUGAGAACAAACUGAAGACAUUUUUUACAGAGCAUCUGCACACCGACGAAGAGAUUCGGCUUGUGAUGGAUGGCUCGGGCUAUUUCGAUGUGCGCAAUGGAAAGGACGAUUCCUGGAUCCGCAUCGAAGUCGUAGCAGGAGACUUGAUCAUCAUUCCCAGUGGAAUCUAUCAUCGUUUUACGUUGGACUCCAAGAACUACAUUAAAGCAAAACGUUACUUCGUUGGCGAACCUGUUUGGCUGCCGUACAACCGCCCGGUUGAUGAUAUGGACUGCCGUAAGGAAUAUUUAAAACGACUGGAAAGGGGGUUCGCUGCUUGAAGGCAUUCCUGCAAGAUUACUACUGUGUUGAUCUAUAAUUUUCAAUUUUUGUUGCUUGACCAUUUUACAAAAAUGUUAUCCACGAUCAUUUGUUACAAAAACAAGGUAUAUAAAAAGCAAUUUUAAUAAAAACCACAAGUUAAAUUGCUACUUUUCCUUUG